AUGUCUGAUCAAAUACCAGUUGAAAACCAACAAGUUCUUCCUGAAAAUGCAGAGGAAGUAAAGAAUAAAAUGGAACAAAUGGAACAGGAGGCUGCUAAGUUGAGGGAACUUCAUUCACAGUUAAGUGCAGAAUCUACCAACGGCAUAACUCAUCCAACUGAUGAAGAGAAAAGGGACGCAGAUGCAAGAUCUAUAUACAUAGGUAAUGUCGAUUAUGGCUCAACGCCGUUAGAAUUGCAACAACAUUUUUCAAGUGCUGGGGUUGUUAACAGAGUAACAAUAUUGACAAACAAAUUCACUGGUCAAGCAAAAGGGUUUGCAUAUUUGGAAUUUGUUGACACCGAUGCAGUAGACAAAGCUGUUGCUACGUUGGAUGGAUCAACUUUCAGAGAACGUCAAUUGAAAGUUCUGGCAAAAAGAACAAAUAUUCCUGGUAUUAGUGUGAAAAGAGGCUUUCCUGGAAGAGGCAGAGGCAACUUCAGAGGUAGUAGAGGCAGAGGCGGUAGAGGCGGCAGAGGUGGUUUCAGAGGUGCAAGAGGAGGACCUAGAUUCAACCCAUAUUGA